AUGUGCGCAUAUAGUCUGGACGGAGUUAUAACUAUUGGAUUACUCUUCAUUUGCGCAUGUGCCUACAUGCGUAGGGUAACAAAACUCCGGAACUGGAUGUUCUCGGAAAAUAAAGGUUUCUGGGGCAUUUUGUACAAAUCCGCCGUAAUUGGCAUUCGUCUGCAUAUUGUUGUUUCCCUUUCUUGCUUUUCGAUGGCCUGUUACCUUCUUUUCUUCCGUUGA